CCGCCGCCGCCGACUUCGACGGUUGCAGUAACGUUGACUUGAACUAGAACGUGUCGAAAUGAUGGUGUACUCGUGUUUCAUUGUUUUGCAAACAAUGGUGAGUAUAUCACCGAAGAUCGUGACGAUGCAAACGAGUUCGAGGUGUGAAUUUCUCAAUGUUCGGAGCAUCUGGCAGGCAACGGACUGCGAUGCUUAAGGAGAUGUGUGAUCGGUGGCAGCGAUGCGGGUCACGGCGUCGCUUCAUUAAUGAUGUCGGGAUUUCACGGGAAGAUAACAUGUGCUCUUAAAACUACUAUGGAGAGGAAAAAACGCGCGCUCGCGGCGACCAGAGCGGCGGCGCAGGAGCCUCUCUCGCGGCCCCAGCGGCCGGACACGAGCGGCGACGGCGACAAGGAGGUCAUCGUCGACAUCGAGGACCCCGACAAGACGCAGUACCACGAGCAGAACUUCAACAACAGUGCGUACGAGUACGGGUACGAAGUGGGGCCGGACGGCCAGUUCCACCACGAGGUGCGUGGGCCCGACGGCGUCGUGUACGGCUGCUACGGAUACAUCGACCCCAACGGCAAGCUCCAGGCCACUCACUACGUGAGCGACGCGUGGGGCUACCGGACGGUUAAGCCGGGCGAGCCGGUCGAGCUGUUCCUUCACCCGCACGGCGAGGGUGACGGCGGCGACCACCACGGCGGCGACCACCACGGCGGCGACCACCACGGCGGCGACCAUCACGGCGGCGAUCACCACGGUGGCGACGGCGAGCACCACGGCGAGCACCAC